GCGGCAGGUUGCGGCCGUGGCAGCGAGGCUGGGUCUCAAGGCGCGGCUGGUGCAGGAACAUUGGGUGGAGUGGGAGGAUCCCGGCUAUGAGGUGGUCGGGAAUAUCCAGCUGAGUCGGAUUAUGGGGGCGGAUGUGAGGAUGGAGAAGGAUGGGUUUGGGAUUGGGCAUAAGGAGACGCUUGCGGGUUUGAGGGAGGAGUGUGAGCGGAAUGGGGAGAGGCCGUAUUAUAUUCCGGCGGGGGCGUCAGAUCAUCCGCUGGGUGGGUUGGGGUUUGCAAGGUGGGCGUUUGAGGUGAGGGAGCAGGAGAGGGAGAUGGGCGUUGUCUUUGAGAGUGUGGUUGUUUGUGCGGUGACGGGGUCGACGAUGGCGGGGAUGGUGGCGGGAUUUAAGUUGAUUGAAAGGUUAUAUCCUGAGGAGCCGGUGAAGAGGAUUAUUGGGAUUGAUGGGUCGGCGAAGCCGGCGGAGACGAGGGCGCAGGUGUUGCGGAUUGCGAGAAAUACGGCGGUGAAGAUUGGGUUGAAGGAGGAGGAUAUUACGGAGGAGGAUGUGGUUCUUAAUGAGGAUUAUCAUGCGGGGACCUAUGGGAUUCCGGAUCGGGGGACAUGGGAGGCGAUUGAAUAUGCGGCGCGGAUGGAGGCGUUUAUUACAGACCCAGUUUAUGAGGGGAAGAGCUUUGCGGGCAUGAUUGAUUUGAUUAAGAAGGGGGUUCUUACGGGGAAUGUGCUUUAUGCGCAUUUGGGCGGGCAGUUGGCGCUUAAUGCUUAUUCCCGCAUUGGGGAGACUAAGUAGGUGCUCGGCACCCUGUGAAGGAAGUGAAUGAAAUACGUGCAGCUACACGGUUGGCUAC